UAGUUCCUUGUUCAUAACUUUAAAACCUUCAAGUGUAGCCGCCUCGCCGGAAUAUUCUCAGAUAGUCGCCGGAAUAUUACAAUCUCAUCCCUUUUCAUUCAAUCUAUGGCGGCCUUAACAUCUAUGGUCUUAUCAAAACCCUCUCUCCGCAACUCCAAUUCACUUUCUCUUUCUUCUUCUUCUUCCCAGAUUACCUCAUUUCCAAAUUUUAAACCCACUGUGAACCGAAAUCCCCAAUAUUCAUUCUCUCCUUGCAUCCGCUGCAAUCUGCGCAAAAUCCGAGAUCGAAUAGAGACGGUAAAGAACACCCAGAAAGUCGCAGAAGCAAUGAAACUGGUGGCCGCGGCAAAGAUUCGGAAAGCUCAAGAGGCCGUCAUCAAUGGCAGGCCCUUCGCCGAGGCCCUUGUCGAGGUUCUGUACAACAUCAACGAGCAGCUCCAAUCGGACGAUGUGGAAGUCCCUUUGACCGCCGUCCGGCCGGUGAAGAAAAUCGCCCUUGUUGUCGUCACGGGCGAUAGAGGCCUCUGCGGAGGUUUCAACAACGCUAUUCUGAAAAAAUCCGAGAAUCGUAUAAAGGAAUUGGUGGAUCUCGGCUUGGAUUACACCAUAAUUAGCGUCGGAAAAAAGGGGAAUACCUAUUUCCGACGAAGGGACGACAAAACUGUGGAUAGUUUUGUCGAAGGAGGCAGUUUUCCGACCGCAAAGGAGGCUCAGGUUAUAGCAGAUGAUGUUUUCUCGUUGUUUGUGAGUGAAGAGGUUGAUAAAGUUGAGCUUUUGUAUACAAAGUUUGUGUCUUUGGUUAAGUCCCAACCAGUAAUUCACACAUUGCUCCCAUUAUCUGCAAAAGGCGAGAUUCGAGAUGUGAAUGGAAACUGCAUUGAUGUAGAGGGAGAUGAGUUCUUUAGGUUGAGUACUAAGGAGGGGAAAUUGAGUGUAGAGAGGGAUCAUAGGGAAUCUAAAACUGUACCGAUUUCGCCUUAUUUGCAGUUCGAGCAAGAUCCUGCUCAGAUUCUUGAUGCAUUGAUGCCUCUUUACUUGAAUAGUCAGAUUCUGAAGGCACUUCAAGAGUCAUUUGCCAGUGAGCUUGCAGCGAGGAUGAAUGCUAUGAGUAAUGCUACCGAGAAUGCUAUCGAGUUGAAGAGAAGCCUUUCGGUUGCUUAUAAUCGGCAGAGGCAGGCUAAGAUCACUGGUGAGAUAUUGGAAAUUGUUGCUGGAGCGGAUGCACUUUCAUAGAAUCGUUUGUUUUGGAUCCUCGUUAUUAGAUGUUUGAAUCAUGUCAUUCAUGUGAGAUGUUUGUGGAGGGUUUGGAUAAAGAGAUUCUGAAUUGUACUUCGUUUUGAUUUCUUUAUCAAAUACAAAGUAAUUGCGAACAAUCUUCAUAAGUUGUGAAUUAUUCUUCACUUUGGUAGUGAUAUGAAGGUAGUUUUGCCCUCGUAAAGUGGAAGGUGAAAUUGAGCUGAUAUGAAGUUUCUUAUAACUUGUACAAAUAUGUUCAAGUUUUUGGUCCUAGUUGAUCUAGCAUUUGGAAACACCCAACAAGUCCAAACAAUGUUUGAGAGAUGUUUUCACACCCCUUGUGUGAUAUGCAGAAACAUCUCACUAUUUCUUAGAUUUCUUGAACUUUGCAUAAGGUGACCAAAAGAUCAGAUAAGUCGGCUGCAACUUGUGGGACAGGCCCUGUUUGAUAGCCAUGCUUGACGGCCACCAACCAUGGCUUCUAUACAGUGAAGCCAAAGAAGUCACCUUCAGCAUAAGAAUCUAUAUCACUUUUUUGUGUUAUUAUUAUUAUCUGGAGAAAACUCCAACGUAUGAAUAAUAAGAUUCCAUUCCUUUCAGUGAAGUUAAACCAAGAGUUGAAGUGUGCCGAUCCUUGAUUCCUGCAAAAUGUAUUGCUGUCAUCAUCAUCAUGGCCCCCGUCUGAGUUUCAGCACUAUUCUGGGUCUAAAUAUAUGUGGUUUGUCUUCUCCGUCAAAAGAGAUACCACUUCCACUCUUCCAACCGUCCUGUGACCGACUGUUUCAGAAUCCCGUUUAGAGGAUAUAAUGCCAUCCCCACUUCUGUAGCAGUGUCUAAAGUUCUAACUCGUCAGGUUUUAUUAUUUGAAAUGUUAUGCACAGAAAUUUUAUAAAGGAAAAAAGGCCAAAUACACAGAGAUAUAUUAUUUAUUUAGGAGAUUUCUACUUUUCUAGGAUCUAAAGUCCGGCUUUCCUGUCCCUUUGCUAGCCCAUUGUUUUCUCCUCUUUGGUGCUUAUCUGAGAACACUGUGAAGAUUGAAGAAACCCCAUAAAGGGUUGAAGAUAUAGUCAAGAAUCUGUGAAAAGCCAGAGCCUUUUUGAAUCCCCGUCUUAGAAAGCUAGAUCCUGAUGUCAAUACCCGAGAGAAGGAUUGGGUUAUAUAGCCAAGGUAGCAGUGGUUGGACCUCAAUCAGGUACGAAGAACUUCAAGAAGAUGAUGUUUGGGGCGGUUUCCAUGAAAGGAAUGAAUUCCCUCCCAAGGUUAAAGAGCCAUCAUCAUCCUCUACUCUAAAGCGCCUGCCAUCUUUGACCAAAAUGAUCCCGAGAUCCAACAAAAAUCCUAAUCACGAACCCAAAAUGACCCAACACUCUGCUCCUGUUAACAUACCCGAUUGGUCCAAAAUCUAUGGUGCCACUUCACAGGCCUCCUACAAUCCACGAUUUCUAGAUGGUCAUAAUCAAGACAAGGAAGGCGAUGGAUUCGUUAGAAGUGGUUGGAACAGUGACGAUGAAGAAGACAUAGACGGCGGGGGGCAGAUGGUGCCUCCACAUGAAUGGCUUGCUAGGAAGCUUGCAAGGACUCAAAUAUCAUCUUUCUCAGUGUGUGAAGGGGUUGGGAGGACCCUGAAGGGUAGAGAUCUAAAAAGAGUGAGAAAUGCAGUAUUGACCAAAACUGGUUUUCUUGAAUAACAUGCCACACUAUACCCUUUGAUUUCAAUAGUAAUGUUAAAAGUUAAAUUUGGUCCCCAUGCAA